AUGGCCUAUGAAACACCGUUUAUAUUGUCUCAAUACGGAAGUCUGAGGGAACUCGAACAGUUUACUAGAGAAUUGCCUAAAGUUGAAUUACAUGCGCACUUAAAUGGCUCCAUAAGUCCGGAAACAUUGCAACAUUUGGUAGACCAUAAGAAGGAAGAGAAACCCGAGUUGGUGAAUUUUAGAAUUCCCAAGCAAAAAUUGGAUACAAUUAAUGAGGACUCAUCGUUACCACAGACAAUACUUUUGUUGUCAGAUGCUAAAGAUGGCCCUCUAUUUUUUGUUUUCUUUUCUAGCUUCUUUACGAUAUUUCACUUUAUCUAUCAACUCACCGACGACGAAGAAGCUGUAGCGUAUAUUACGGAAUCCGUGAUUCGCGAUUUUCAUAAAGAUGGAGUAAAAUACUUGGAAUUAAGAAGCACCCCGAGGAAGAACGAGAAUAAUGGAAUGACCAGUGAAUCUUACGUCAAGGCAAUCAUCUCGGUUAUCCAAAAAUUUCCAUCUUCCGAAUGCAAUAUUAUAGUGAGAUUGAUUCUUAGCGUCAAUCGCAAGGACACAUUGGAGAGCGCGAUGGAAACCGUUGACCUCGCGAUAAAGUACAAAAAGGCUGGUGUGGUCGGCGUCGACCUCUGUAAUGAUCCUACCGUAGGUGAACAUUUGAAAUCUCGGGCUGAAUUUGAUGAAUACGAAAUCUAA